UCUCCGCCCUCCAUGCUUGGCGGCGGGAGGACGCGGUGGCGGGGUAGGGCGGCGCGUCCGGCUGUCGGGGACGCUUUCCUGGCCGCGGCGCCGUGUGGAUGCGCGCUGUGCCUCGAGGCCCGGCUGGCGGGGCCCACCAUGAGGCGCCUGGGGUCCGUGCAGCGGAAAAUGCCGUGCGUGUUUGUGACGGAGGUGAAGGAGGAGCCCUCCGGCAAGAGGGAGCAGCAGCCAUUUAAAGUUUUGGCAACUGAAACUCUAAGUCACAAGGCAUUAGAUGCAGAUAUAUACAGUGCAAUUCCAACAGAAAAAGUGGAUGGAACAUGUUGUUAUAUUACUACCUACAAAGGUCAGCCAUAUCUUUGGGCUCGGCUAGAUAGAAAACCUAACAAAGUAGCUGAGAAAAGAUUUAAAAAUUUUCUACAUUCAAAACAAAACUCAAAAGAAUUUUUUUGGAAUGUUGAGGAAGACUUCAAACCUGUUCCAGAGUGCUGGAUACCAGCGAAGGAAAUAGAACAAUUAAACGGGAAUCCAAUGCCUGAUGAAAACGGACACAUUCCUGGUUGGGUACCAGUGGAAAAAAACAACAAACAGUAUUGCUGGCAUUCCUCAGUAGUUAAUUAUGAAUUUGAAAUUGCCCUGGUACUGAAGCAUCAUCCUGAUGAUCCUGGUCUUUUGGAAAUUAGUGCAGUGCCUCUCUCAGAUCUCCUAGAACAAACACUAGAGCUUAUAGGAACAAAUAUUAAUGGAAACCCAUAUGGGUUAGGAAGCAAGAAGCAUCCAUUACAUCUUCUUAUACCACAUGGGGCAUUUCAGAUAAAAAAUCUACCCACCUUGAAGCACAAUGAUCUAUUAUCCUGGUUUGAAGGUUGCAGAGAGGGUAAAAUUGAAGGAAUAGUAUGGCAUUGUAAUGACGGCUGUUUAAUCAAGGUUCAUCGCCAUCAUCUUGGUUUAUGCUGGCCAAUUCCAGAUACUUACAUGAAUUCAAAACCAGUUGUUAUCAACAUGAAUCUGAACAAGUAUGACCAUGCCUUUGAUACUAAAUGUUUGUUUAAUCUUUUUUCAAAAAUAGAUAAUCAGAAAUUUGGCAGACUCAAAGAUAUAAUACUUGAUGUAUAAAGUAGAAAUCCAGUUAAAAAUCAGCUUUAUUAUAUUGGAAUCUUGAAUAUUCUGCUAUAUGUGGAAGGUAAAAACAUCUCAGAAUUCUGUGUCGAAGAGAGCAAUAUGUCGUCUAGCAUUUGAAGAAACGAAUUUCCCAGUUGCAAAUUUUAUUCAGAACUAGCAAAUGAAUUUUAACCACAAGACUUAAAAAAUGUAAUGGUAAGCUCCUCUGCCUGGUACAUAGUUAAAAAUUGCAACUAAACCAACAAUUCUGGAUCAUUAAUACUUAACAUAUGGCUCUAACCUCAUAACAUGUUUAUAUACAUGUAAAUAUAUAUAAAACUAGAUUCUUAACACACAUAUAAAUAAGUAUGUAUAAAACCCCAAUUUUAAAUGUUAAAAUUAAAAUCACCCUAUACUCUUUAAAAAACUUAAACAUGAAUAUAUACAGAAAUUCAUCAUAGCUCAUUUGAUAGUCAUAACUUACUCUAAAAGUCUUAAAAAAUAUACUUUUCUAGUAUGUUUAAAAUUUUAUAUAAUUUUAUUUACUAAGACUUCAAAUUUAAUAAAGGUACAGGUAUGAAGAAAGAAAUCAUGUAGGUCAGAGACCUGCUUGAUUUCCAGAUGGAGUUUUAACUUCUAAAGUUAAUAAAUAGUUCAAUAAAAC